UCGCGCUUGCGAGAAGUUUCUGUUACGCACGAUACGGAACAAAUCCGUCUCACAUUUACCUCUCCAAGUGUAGUUACACAUGCCUUCGUGAAAAUGAACGAAGGUCGGAUUUUAUACUUUCGAGCUCUCGCUAGAAAGGUAUCCAAGAACGAAUUAAUGAUAUAUUUCCAAUCACGUAAACAAUCCGGAGGUGGAGAUAUAUGCUCGGUGGAAAUAUAUCGAAGAAAGCGACGUUGCAAAGAGUGUCUUAAGAAGAGCGUCACAUAUUAUAAAUGGGACAAAAGUGGAAGUUUCAUACCAUACAUUCACUGAGGAGUUCCAGUCAGAGGACCAAUCAGUUGAACAGACCCGCGUUAUUAUCGUUCGUGGAAUGUCUCAACAUACAACAGAAGAUACUGUUUUGAAUUACCUUGAGAACUCAAGGCGUUCUGGAGGUGGGUUUGUAGAAGAAGGGAAAAUCGAAGGCAGUGUGGUACGAGUGAGGUUUCAGUCAUCUGAAGUGGCACAACAUGUUGUCGAGCACGAUAAGCAUAUCCUUAACGGUGCUACACUAGAUGUUAGUCUCGAGCUACCUGAGAGGGCUUAAAGUACAAGAAAAACCAUUAAGACAACUGGCCUUGCUGCAAAAAACUACAGAAGACUCGAUUACCAACUACUUUGAGAAUGAGAAGCAUUCUGGGAGUGGAGAGCUGUAAAAAGUGUGUUGGAACAUGGUAAGCACAUCCUCGAUGGAACCACACUAAAUUUCAUGCCCAUCAACACAGCAACUGACUCGCUCGACAAGUAAGAAUGGAAGAAUCAAGAACAAUAGAGGUUACUGGACUUGCUCCGAAAACAACUGGUGAUGCAAUUUUGAACUUUUUUUAAAACAAACUACGCACUGGGGGAGGAGAGAUAGAAAGUAUCGAUUAUACUCCAGACCGAAGAAUUGCUUUUUAUCACCUUCACAGCGGUUGAAACUGCGAAAAGUGUCCUGGAACACGGUGAGCAUACCCUUGAGGGAGCCACACUGACUGUCACAGCACGUAACACUGCAGUUGAAUCAUGCAACGAGGACAAAACACAAGAGCCACGAACAAUUGAGGUGACUGGACUUGCUACGAAAACAACCAAAGACGCUAUUCCGAAUUUCUUCGAGAACAAGCGAGGGAGAGAUAGAGAGCGUCGAUUUUAAUUCAGACCAAGCAAGGGCUGUAAUCACCUUUACCAAAGCCGAAAGCUCUCUUGGGGUCCUCAGAAAAGGAAACCUUACUUACGAUGGAGCGAAACUCACGAUUACCCUCAACCAACCCUCAAGGAAACUACCUGUGGACACAAAAAGACUCUUUGUUAAAGGCCUUAGGGAAAAAACUACCUCAGACGCUCUUCAACCUUACAUGGUAGUAGAAAGUGGAAUAGAUGUCCUGACUGAUUACAAAUCUGAUACAGAGAGAAUUUCCAUAAAACCACUGGAAGGCAAAACCUCAGAAGUGGAGCAACUUCCGGUUUGUCACUGUGUGCAAGUAUCAGGUUUCAACAAUGAAACAACCACUAAGGGUUCUUGUCAUUGGUGAUAUGUGUACUGAAAAGGUUGAUGUUAUCGUCAACUCAACCUCGUUGGAUCUGGAUCUUAGUACGAACGCAGGUGCUAAGACCCUACCUGCUGUUGCUGAUCCCAAGCUACAACAAGAGUGUAACACGAUUGGUAAGGUACGUAGAUACCGGAAGGAUUGCGGUUACGAGCGAAGCAAAUCUGGCGUGUAAGCACGUUUUUCACACUUCAUAUGCCGGAUGGGAGAACGGAGCGGGCGAGAAGGUAAGCACAAAUAUGUGCUUGCAAUGAAAAUAGACGAGGCCCAUGACCAUGCAAACAAAUUCCAACAAGUUCUAAGCGAAAAACAAAACAGGAAUGAUAUUGCAAAACGCCUUCAAACCGUUUCUGAGUUAACAAAUUCACUAUCGCUAAUAUUAUCUGAAAGGUACAAGUAAGGUGAAGAUUACACAUCUCAUCUAUAAAUACUUCAGAAUAUCAUCAAGAAGUGGCUCGAAGAAGCUCAAAGGAGGAGUCUCUUGACUUUCCAUACCUGUAAUUGGGACUAGGAAUCUCAAUUUUCCCCUCGAUCGUGUGGCUGCAGCUUCCUUUCAUGAAGUUUUAUCCUUCAGUAAGAAAUAUCUAAGCAGCUCUUUGAAGGCAGUCCAUUUGGUCGUGUAUGAUAACGAUUCGCAAUCAGUGCAAGCCUUCCAGACGGAACUGAAAAAAAGAGGUGGUGUAGGCCCACUCCCACAGCAGUCGCCAGCUGGAAUAAAGAGACGUCGGGGUCUGCGUAGUGGUAGCACCAAAAGACCCUAUAUCGAUACGCCACAUGCUGAUGUCGAUGUUACCUCGGAGGAAAAGCCUGUAAUUUUGGAUCCCUUACAACCUGAAAUAGGUAUUGACAAUGUUGUCGUUCAAGCUAAGAGUGGUAACAUCACCAAAGAAGUAACCGAUGCAAUUGCAACCCAGUCGAACAGCGAGCUCGAUGUUGCAUUGCGCAAGACGUCUCCUGUUACCAUCGUCAAGAUGGAAAGGGUGCAACACCCUGGGCUGUACCGGCAAUACAUGGUUAGAAGGGACCAGAUGGAACAUAAGAGUAGCAGCAACGAAAAGCUACUUUUCCAUGGAACAGCUGGAGCCAGCCUCCCAACCGUCAGCAAACACGGUUUCAAAAGAAACUACUGCGACAAAAAUGUUGCAAGUAGAGUCUCUGGCAGAGUGCACACCAUAAACGGAACAAAAGUCGAAGUAUCCCUUUAUCCGUUCUCAAGGGACUACCAGUCUCAAAAUGUUUUAGCAAAUCAGGCCCGAGUUGUUGCCAUUCGAGGACUAUCGCAGAGUACAACUGUACCUACUGUUCUGCAUUACUUCGAGGACCCAGAGCAGUCUGGAGGUGGUGCUAUAGAAGAAGCAAAUAUUCACGGAAACUCCGUACUUGUUAAGUUUAAGUCAUCUGAAGUGGCACACCGUGUGGUGAAGCAGCACAGCCACUUCCUCGACGGUGCUACCCUUGAUGUUAAUUUUGAGCUGCUUGAUACUGAAGCCUCAGGAAAAAUCAUCGAGAUAACUGGCCUUUCUACAAACAGUAGUGAAGACUCUGUUUGGAACUAUUUUGAAAACAAGCGUAAUGGAGGUGGAGAAGUAGAGACUGUCGAUUUCCGACCUGCGAGAGGGGUGGCUUUCGUGACAUUUAAGGAUGCUCAUGUUGCAAGAAGUGUGUUGCAACACAGUAAGCAUACACUUGAUGGAGCGACACUGGAUGUCAAAGCACCCACCACAGAAACUUUCCUACCCAAUCUUGCAAUACCGCAGGAGCAACGAGUGAUCGAGGUAACGGGGCUUGCUCUGACAACGACCAAAGAUGCAAUUUGUAACUUCUUUGAGAACAGAAAACGCUCCGGGGGAGGCGAUGUCGAAAGCGUUAAUCAUAUCCAAGACCAAGGAUUUGCUGUUGUAACAUUUGCAACUGCUGACAUUGCAAAAAGUGUCUUAGAACACGGUGCGCUUCUCCUUGACGGAACCAUAUUGAAUGUCAAGGCCAGAAGUGCAGCGACCGAUGUUCCCGGCGGUGGAGAAAUACAAGAACUACGCACAAUUGAGGUCACUGGACUUGCUCCAACAACAACCAAAGACUCCAUUGUGAACUUCUUUGAGAACAGAAAACGCUCCGGGGGAGGAGAUAUAGAGACCAUUGAUCAUACACCCGAGGGAGGAAUUGCAUUUAUAACUUUUGAAACUGCUGAUAGUGCGGAUGGUGUUUUACGACACGGAAAACAUACCCUUGAUGGAGCCAUACUGAACGUUAAAAUCAUCACGAUCAAACAUGACUUAUCCGAUACAGAAACAGACGAGCCACGCACCAUUGAGGUGACUGGACUUGCCGUAACUACGACCGAAGAUGCCAUUAUAAACUUUUUCGAGAACAACAAACGUUCCGGGGGAGGCGAUGUAGAAAGCGUUCAUCUUACUCCAAACCAGGGAAUAGCUGUAGUUACUUUCACAAUGGCCAAAACUGCAAAAUGUGUCCUGGAACGCGAUAAUCUCACCCUUGAUGGGGCCACACUGAGUGUAUCCGUGCAUAACACCAAGAUUGAACCACAGGACGUCGAAGUUACACAACAACCUCGCACCAUUGAAGUGACUGGACUUGCUCCAACAACAACCGAAGAUGCCAUUGUGAACUUCUUCGAAAACAAAAAACGCACCGGAGGAGGAGACGUUGAAAGUGUUGAUUAUAAUCCAGACCGGGGAACUGCUGUAGUUACAUUUACAACAGCUGACAGCGUUGGUGGCGUUUUACGACACGGCGAACAUUCUCUUGAUGGAGCAAUACUGAAUGUCAAAGCGAUCAAGAUGGGAACUGCCACACUCAAAGCAGAAGCAGACGAGUUCCGCACAAUUCAGGUGACUGGGCUUUCUGGCACUACAAGCAAAGAUGCCAUUGUCAACUUUUUCGAGAACAAAAAACGAUCCGGGGGAGGAGAAGUCGAAAGCAUCAGUCACACUCCAGACCAAGGAGUUGCUGUCAUUACAUUCACAACAACUGAGAGCAUGGAUGGUGUUUUACGACACAGGGAACAUACUCUCGAUGGAGCCAUAUUGAAGGUCAAAGCCAUAGAGAUAGGAAGUAACUUACCUGCAGCAGAAACAGACAAGUCACGCACCAUUGAGGUGACUGGACUUGCCACAGCAACGACCAAAGAUGCCAUUAUAAACUUCUUCGAGAACAACAAACGAUCCGGGGGAGGCGACGUCGAAAGCAUCAAUCAUACUCCAGACCAAGGAACUGCUGUCAUUACAUUCACAACUGCUGAAAGUGCGGAUGGAGUUUUGAGACACGGCGAACAUACUCUUGAUGGAGCCAUAUUGAAGGUCAAAGGCAUAAAGAUAGGAAGUAACUUAUCCAUAGCAGAAACGGACAAGUCACGCACCAUUGAGGUGACUGGACUUGCCACAGCAACGACCAAAGACGCCAUUAUAAACUUCUUCGAGAACAACAAACGAUCCGGGGGAGGCGACGUCGAAAGCAUCAAUCAUACUCCAGACCAAGGAACUGCUGUCAUUACAUUCACAACUGCUGAAAGUGCUGAUGGAGUUUUAAGAAGCGGCGAACAUACUCUUGAUGGAGCCAUAUUGAAGGUCAAAGCCAUCAAGAUAGGAAGUAACUCAUGCGCAGCAGAAACAGACGAGUCACGCACCAUUGAAGUGACUGGACUUGCCACAGCAACGACCAAAGAUGCCAUUAUAAACUUCUUCGAGAACAACAAACGAUCCGGGGGAGGUGACAUCGAAAGCAUCAACCAUACUCCAGACCGAGGAACUGCUGUCAUAACAUUCACAACUGUUGAAAGUACGGAUGGAGUUUUAGGACGCGGGGAACAUACUCUCGAUGGAGCCAUAUUGAAGGUCAAAGCCAUAAAGAUAAGGAGUUAUUUACCCGCAGCAGAAACAUACGAGUCACGCACCAUUGAGGUGACUGGACUUGCUGCGACAACAACCAAAGAUGCCAUCGUGAAUUUCUUCGAGAACAACAAACGAUCCGGGGGAGGUGACGUCCAAAGCAUCGAUCAUACUCCAGACCAAGGAACUGCUGUCAUUACUUUCACAAUUGCUGACAGUGCUUUAGAAGUUGUUAACAAAGGAAAUCUCACUCUUGAUGAAGCACAACUGAAAGUCACUCUGAAACAGUCCCGGUGUAAAGUUCAUGUUGACACAAGGAAGCUAAUUGUCAGGGGCCUAGAUAAGAAAACUACAAAAACUACUCUUGGAUGUUACAUGGAGAAAGAAGGUGGGGCCGAGGUCCUGAGUGUCGAUUUGGGAAACGAAGGGUGUGCACUAGUGAGCUUCAGAGAAGCCUAUGAUUAUCAAUUCCUUACAAAGAAAAUUUCCGAAAAGCCGUUGGAUGGAAAAACACUGUCAGUGGAGCAGGUCCCUGUUUGUCAUUGCGUGCAAGUGACAGGGUUGAGUAAAGAAAAAACAACCGAGGACGGAAUUCGUUAUUACUUCGCGAGUGCUAAGAACAAUGGAGGUGAUGUUAGCCAUAUAGACCUCAAUAUCAAAGAAGGGUGGGCGUUGGUUUACUUUGAAGAUCCAGAAGUUGUUUUCAACGUUGUUCGCAAGAGCCAUGUUCUUGACCAAGCAGAGUUAGAUGUUAGAGCAUAUUACCCGUUCCUUGGAAAACCUCAGACGGAUGAACCUGAGGUUGAACUGCUGCGAAACAUUGAUGUGGAUGCACAGAAAGUGCGAUUCAUUCUAGAAAAUUGCAAACCUGAUGUGAUCCAGAUUGAGGACGAGCAUGGAGUUACGAUUGCCUGGAAAGAGGAUCUUAGCAGCGUCGCAAUCACACCCAGUAAUAGGACCUCAGGGAACAAGAAUAGUUUUGAUAAGGCCUGUGAAGCCUUUACAACCUACCUGAAUGAGUUUUCUAGAAGCACUUUAUGCGUUCAUCCAGAGGCCUGGAAUGCUGUGCAGGAAAAAUUCCGGAAAAAUGGAAGUCAUGCGAAGGAAAAAGUAAAAGCCACUUUUAACUCCGAUAAGCACGAAAUCGUUUUGAUGGGGAAGAAGCAAGAGGUGGAGGCUGUUGCUGAAGACUUGGAGAGUUUGAGCUGCGCAAUUGAGAAAAAGAUGAAAAUAGAAGCAUCAAAAACGACCAAAGAAAUCGAUAAGGUUCCAGUCUUGAAGUUACAACUCUUAAGACACCUUGACUUUGAAAAGGAAUUGGAAGCGGAGAUUGAAGAAACGGAGGUGAAGAUAAUUCCGGAGGAGGAAAGAGUUCGCGUUCGGGGGCCUCCCGAUUCCCAUGUCAAGGUAUCUGAAGCGAUAUGGAAAGCAGUUGCCAACGUGAAGGAAUUGAAGCUUGACAUGACACAGAACGCUCUAACUGUGCUCAAGAGUACGGCUACUCAGAAGUUCAUAAAAGACCAUUUUACAGCUAACAAUUUACAAGCCUUCUUAAUCUUUGAUUCAGAGAGUGAGAGAAACCUAGUGAUCAUGGGAAUGAAAACUGAUGUUGUGGAUAAAGCCCGCGAUCUAGUGAAAGAAUUGAUAGUUGAAGACACCCUAAACUUAGAUGAAGAUCACAUUCAGUUCAAGAAAAGUAAAAAGUGGAGCCAACUUAUGGAUGGCCUGACAACAAAGCGACGCGUUCUAAGUCUGUCUUUUGACACCGGCAACAAGAGGGUCUGUCUAGCAGGGUCAAAGGAGGAUGUGUUGUUUGCUUCUGAAGCUGUUAAGCGCUUCCUGGAAGAAAAUACCAUUGUAAAUAGCGAUGUGAGGCUUUCAGCAGGUUGUAGGCGUUUCCUCGUGAGAUACCAAGAACAAGAGCUUCGACGGAUAGAAGAUGAACUGGUGGAGUAUUCUAUCAAAAUAAGGGUUCUGGCGGAUAAAGAUGACGGUCAUGUGGUAGUCUCAGGAACAAUGGACGGAGUCAACCAGGCUACAAAAUUAAUUCGAGAUCUUGCUUCCAAAGUUGAAAACCGAAAGGUCUUUUUUGACAAACCUGGAAUGCGAAAACUGCUCGAUGGAAACAAGGGCAAAAAGAUCCUAACUUUGCUAGAAAAUGAACAUAAAUGCGUUAUUGAGCACGUUGCUACGCAAAACGACAGAUCAAAAGGGCUCACUGAGGAAGAGAAAGAAGCGAGCAGAAAAAAGAGAGAAAGCUUGAGGAGCUUUCGUACCUCAGAGGGAAAAAAGAUUAUGGUAUUUAAGGACAGCAUCUGCGAUCGUGCUGUGGAUGUAAUUGUUAAUGCAGCCAAUUCAAAACUCAAACAUAAGGAUGGUGUCUCAAAAGCCAUUGCUCAAGCAGCGGGAAAAGCCAUGCAGGAUGAAUGUGAUCGUAUCAUCAUCAACCGAGGAGAGAUUUUAGAAGGACAAGUAGUGGAAACCACUGCUGGGAAAUUGCCUUUCAAGAAAGUCAUUCAUGCAGUAGGACCGCGUUGGAGAAAGGAAGCAGCACGACAAAAGUCCUUCGGAAAGAUUCCUCAAGAGGAAAAGUUUUUGCGUUUUGCUGUAACAAAUGCUCUAGAUACUGCGAGUCGAUAUAAUUCAGUGGCAAUUCCAGCCAUUGGCACAGGUGCCUUCGAAUUUCCUCAAGACCUAUGUGCUCGAAUAAUGGUUGAGUCGGCAUUAGAGUUCUACAAAGAGAAUCCAAGCUGCUGUUUGUCGGAGAUACACUUUUCAUGCCCUGAAGAUGAGGUAGCUAAGGCUUUCGUCGAUGUGAUGGACUCUAGAUUUCUUCAGGAUCCCAACUAUGAAACAGCUUCAAGCCCAAAAAAGAGGUCACAGUUCAAAAAGCCUAAAUUCACAAGAAAGCCAAAGACAACUCCUUCCUCGGAAACAAUCUCCUUAGAAAUUCCCAACGGUGUGAAGACACCAGAAGGGUUAAAGGUGGUCCUUGUGACUGGUGAUAUGCGUAAAGAAAAGGUUGAUGUAAUAGUCAAUUCAACGUCGCCAGAGCUAGAUCUAAGUAAGAAUGCAAGUGCUAAGGCCUUGAGUUCGGCUGCUGGUCCCAAGCUUCAAGAAGAGUGUAACAUGAUUGGCAAGGUUGGCAAUGGAGAAGUUGUGGUAACAAGUGGAGCAAAUCUUACCUGUAAGCAUGUAUUUCACACUACAUGCAUUGGAUGGCAAGAUGGGAAAGGCGAAAAGGUACUACGUGACAUUAUUAAAAAGUGUCUCGACGAAGCUCAAAAGAGAGGUGUUUCAAGUAUCGCCAUUCCUGCAAUCGGUACUGGGAACCUUAAAUUUCCCCACGACCGCGUGGCUACUGCUUCCUUUGAUGAGGUUUUUUCCUUCAGCAAGAACAAUCCGAAAAGCACGUUAAAGGAAGUACAUCUGGUCGUGUAUGACAAAGAUUUGGCUUCCGUUCAAGCCUUUCAAACUGAACUUCAAAAUCAAAAGAGAGGUCAGCCUGAAUCCACACCUCCUCCUCUUCCAAAGACAGAAAGCAGACAAAGAAGACGUCAUGGUUUGCGCGGUAUGGGUACCAAAACACUCAAUCCAGAUACCUCUACCAUAAAGCAUGAUGCGGGCGAAAGUAUGUCAGAUAUAUUAGAUCCUAUCAAGCCCGAAAUUAUCAUGGGCAAUGUUUUUGUUCAAGCUGAGAUUGGUGAUAUCACAAAAGAGGAGACCGAUGCAAUAGCGACAUUGUCAAACGAGGAGUUGGAUGUUGCAUAUGGAGGAGGGGUCGGAAAAGCGAUUUUAGAUGCUGGUGGGCAAAUUAUCCAAGCUGAAUGUUCAUCGCUUGGUCCAGUGACGCCAGGUUCUAUUUCUGUGACCGGAGCGGGAAAGCUGCAAGUACGAUACAUUUAUCACAUGGUUCGAGAGAGAAACAGCAAUUCCUCCAUGAAAGAAUGCAUUUUCAAUUGCCUACAAAAAGUGGAUUCAGACGGGUUGACAUCAGUGUCUUUCCCAGCCGUUGGGACAGGUAUCAUUAAAAGCGGGGCUAAGGAAGCUGCAGAGAUCCUUCUUUCAGCCAUUUCCAAGUUUGCUCAAGAGCAUCCAACAUCGCUUGCAAUUAUUCGAAUUGUAAUUUUUCAGCCACAUAUGUUGCAGGCCUACCGAAAUGCAAUGGAAAAGUUUAUCUCGUCCUCAGAGGGCGAGUCUGGCCUCUUAUCCAAGAUUGUCGGUUGGCUUGGCUUUGGAAAGAGUGGCUCUGCAAUAUCAAACCCCACAGAAGCAAGGAAAAUGCUCCGAAAGAGAGGCAUCAGCUUCCUGGAUAUUUUUGCUGCCUCAAAGGAGGAUAUCGACAAAAUUGUUGAAGAAAUUGAACGAGACGUUGCCGACAACUGUAAGAUUAAAACGAUACUUAAUGACGCUAUAAGCAAGCUCUCUACGCAACAAACAAGGAAAAUAGUGGAACUGCAACUUAAUCAUGAUGCAGUAGUUACCAUUGAAGAGGCAGUUGGUCGCAUAAGUAUAAGAGGAGAUGCAGAUGACGUUCUGGAUAUUGCUACUGAAAUUCAUGAAAUCCUCAGCCAGCAGAUAGAGGAAGAGCACGUUCGAGGUGUUGGGGAGCUUCUUUGCCGAAACAUCCAGUGGUACUCGUAUUAUCCAGAUGAUCAUGAAAACCUUGAUCCCUAUGACGCCAGAGAUAACUUGAGGAUAGAGGAAGCCUUUAAUGACGGCAAGGAGUCAGUUAUUGUCGUCAUUGAUGAAAAUAGAUAUGAGAUUGUUUUCAAAGACAUGAUAGAGAGGUGCGUUGAAGAUGGAGAGGAAAGCAUUGUCGUCCGCAAAGUUAUCGGGAAAGGUGUACCCAUUCAAUGGGAAAAGCAACCAACGGAUGACUCCGGAAAAGAGAAAGAGUUCCAUCUUGUGUCGUUGGACCCUGUAACCCAUUCAAAGGAGUACAGAAAAGUAGCAGGCGAACUUGGGAAGACUUCCGCUGUCACCAUCAUCAAGAUUGAGAGAGUGCAGAACCCUACCUUGUACCGCGCUUACAUGGUCAAAAAAGAACAAAUGGAUCGAAAAAAUGGCAGUAACGAGAAAGCUCUAUUCCAUGGCACAGCCGGAGCUAGCUGCUCCUCUAUCAACCAUCACGGUUUCAACAGAAGCUAUUGUGGAAAAAAUGCCACUGUGUAUGGAAAUGGUGUGUACUUUGCUCGAGAUGCUUCAUACUCUACGCAAAAUAAGUAUUCUCCACCAGAUGGAGCAGGAAACCGUUACAUGUAUCUGGCACGUGUCCUAGUAGGUGAAUAUACGACUGGACGACAAGGAAUGAUAACUCCACCACCUAAGGGAGCUGACGCUACAGACGCAUACGAUACCGUUGUGGAUAAGCCCACAGAUCCAACCAUAUUCGUUGUGUUCUAUGAUAACCAAUGUUAUCCCGAUUACUUGAUAACUUUCAAAUAAGGGGGAGAUGUUGUUUGUUAAUUAAGUUGAAUAGUCAUAAUCAACCAAAAUACCUUGCGUGCUUUUAUGCUGUAUCUUCUCUCCAGGUAGAUAAGCGUCUUAGUUGUCUUCAGCUGAAAGUUGCUGAACGUAAGUCCAUGGAUAUCCAUGGGGUGUAGAAAUCCGAUUUCGUUUUGAACUGAUCUCUUCACCGAUUUUUAUUAAUUUCCGAUAUAAUCAAAUUCAUGGGCGAGAAAUCUCGAGAAUCUAAAACUCUUCAAGUUGGAUAUGGAAAGACAUAUUUUCGUUAGGAGAUAUUUUGGUAAGGCUCGUAAGAACUGAUCAAUUUGAUCACGGCACUAUAAUCUAUAGGCCUAUCUACAUAAAACUUACAGUUACUACAUGGGGUAAGUAAAGCCCUGGUUAUCGAAUUGCCCAGAGGAAAUAUUACUCCAGGCCCUGUAAUAAUUGCAUUGGCGAUCUGAGAUAUACACGCCACAAUUUUUAAAAGAUUCCAUCAAUCCUAGGCAAUAGGCGAUCAAUUCAUAUUAAAUUGGCUGCCGCUCAAUUUUAAUGUGUCAAUAUUUUUUAAACUAAUAAGGUGAUGAAAAUACAACUAUUGGUGAAAAACCUGUGAGACAGUUAGGUUGGAACUUCCUUUUCAGGACAACCCUCACCCAGGCGAUCAGAAUGCACAAUCAAAUUUUACUCCGGGUCCAAACCAUUUACUCAAUGACUUCGAGAGAACGCGACGCGAAAGCGGGGAGUUUCUAGAAAGGUAAACCUCUGCAAAAGCUUUCCAUCAGAACCUUUUUAUUAGUACGCGUUGUUCUGGUAAAAAAGAUGUUGGCUAUAUGAACCAUAUUUUUGAAAGAGUGAAAAAAGACAGUAUCGAGUAUGUUAGGACGACGUUUGUUUUUUUAUGAUAUUAUAGUUUGCAGUUAUGCUUUGAUGAAUAGCGUUUAGGGGAGGAAACAUGGCUCUCAUUUACUCCGAUCGUGGUAUGCCGACUUACUUUGUUUAAGAAUGAAAAAUGGUGGAGGUUUCUUUGCACAUUACCUGUUAUAAAGUUUAGCGAUUGAUGUUCAAUAGUUGUAAACGUAUUUAGUGUAGGGUUGUUUAAUGCGAGUACCGUUCUCCGUCUGCGAUAGUUUUUAAGGAGCAAUCCGAAAGCACACGAUUCUGGUGAUGUGGCUAAAUCAACAGAGCGAUAGAAGCCUUUGACAGCUGUAACACAGAUCCUAAACUGCAGCUAAUAGCUUUGAAAAGUUCACAAAC